UCGCCCCCAAGCACACUCCCCUCUCUCAUCGCCCUUUUCCCAGAAAUUCCAACUCUCUCUCUCUCUCUCUGUGUUUUCCAUAAUUUUCGGAAUCUCAUUGAUCCUUCAUUUCCAUGACCUGUAAUUCUAUCCAAUAUUGUUGUUUGUUUUAAGAGAGAGAAAAAAAGAAGAAGUUUGGUUGAAUGGCGGACUCGGACAACGACUCGGGAGGCGGGCACAACAGCCCCGGAGGUUAUACGAAGAGCGAGCUGUCACCUCGGGAACAGGACCGGCUGUUACCAAUUGCCAACGUCAGUAGGAUCAUGAAGAAGGCGCUGCCGGCCAACGCCAAGAUCUCCAAGGACGCCAAGGAGACCGUGCAGGAGUGCGUCUCCGAGUUCAUAAGCUUCAUCACCGGCGAGGCCUCCGACAAGUGUCAGCGCGAGAAGCGGAAGACCAUCAACGGCGACGAUUUGCUCUGGGCCAUGACCACCCUCGGCUUCGAGGAGUACGUCGAGCCGCUCAAGGUCUACUUGCAGCGGUUUAGGGAGAUGGAGGGCGAGAAGAGUAGCAUGGCAGCGCGUGAUAAGGACCCCAGCGGCGGGGUUGUUGUGUUCGAGGGCGCUGGGAGCGGCGGUGGCGGCGGUGGCGGUGGAGGAGGGGGAGGAGUCUAUUGGCAGCAGCCGCAGCCGCAGCAGCAGCAGCAGCCGCAUCAGGGACACGUGUACGGCGGUGGCGGGUUUCAUCAGAUGGGAGUUGGGAUUGGAAAGGGUGGGCCCGGGUCCAACAUGGGUAGGCCCAGAUGAUUAUAAAAGCUACUUCUGCUUUUGGAUGCCCUUUUUAUAAUUUCCAUUGCUAAUUUGCUGGGUGGAGUCUCAAGCGCUCUCUGUAGACUCUCCCCUCCUCCUUGUUACUAUUUAGUGUCCUGGAUUAAGAACCCUUCUAUUUAUCAAAAAAAAAAACUAGCUUGUGAAUUUUAGUAAUUCUUGUACAUUUUGUGUUGCGAACUGAGGGCCGGAAUUUAGGUUGGUUUCUGAUGCAUGAUCACGCUUGAAUUCUUCGUACUGAAAUAAAAUAUAGGAGAGGAGCGCGUGACAUAAUGAUAGAAUUCACAUUUAUUCAGUGUAA